AUGAUCAUGAAAAUCUUAAGGCAAGACGUGACAAAUAAAAGGAGUGGAACUAUUCCAUCAAUCAAUGAUAAUGUCAAUUCAUCGACGGCCUUCCUUAACAUCACUUUCGCUAAAUUUGGUUCUUUGUUAACGUCAACAGGCAACAUCACCAUCUAUAAAGCCUCCGAUAACAGCAUUAGACAAAGAGUUUCAGCAAAUAUGCAUAAUUUCUGUAAAAUCAGUGUUUAUGAUGAUGCAGAUACUAUUAGUAUAAAAGUCAUUAAUAGCACGUUCAACGAAUAUGGCGAACGAUAUUUUGUGACUAUGGAUAAUAAUUUUGUCAAACGAUAUUUAGAUGAUGAACCUUUAAGAGGAAUUCAUGAUGGUAUUUGGAUUAUUGAAACACGUGACCUAGAUAAUCGGAAGGUAUACUCAGAUAAUAAAGCUGUUAUGGGCUCAGUACGUCUUACUACAGAAGCUUCCAAAAACAUCUUAAACUUCUCUAAACAUAAUCAAUCAUAUCAAUCAGCAUACUUUGAUAAAUUAUUGAAUGAACUUGCUAAUAAAGUGCCAAUAAAUCGAAAUAAUGAAAUUAAAAGGAUUGCUUCGGAG